AUGCCCAAUGUCUACGCUCAAGAAUAUAAUCCUACUUCUGAUACCUACGAUAAUUUAAUCAAUAGCACUUCUAAAUAUGAUUUUGUAUGUAUGAUUUCGUGCAUAAUUUUAUCAACAUAUUUUGUUGGUACAUUCAUAUAUGUAAUUAAAAAUAACGUAAUUAAAAUUAUUGAUAAACCUACAAAACCUCAACAACGGCAGAAACUUAGCACAAAUCAAUAUAUAAUUUUAAGUUUAUUAAGUAUAAUAUUUGGUUCAGUAGUUAUUCCAACAUUUUCAUUUACUUAUGCAAUAUUUUGGAUUAGAAAAGAUGUUAUAAUUGAAAAAAUUACUUAUGAAUGGUAUAUAGUAGUUUCAACAAUAUUUAUUUUAAUAGUUUUUAUAUUACUAUUAUUUGGUCGUCCACUUUUAGCGUUUUAUUUUUAUUUAGUAGUUUCAAUAGGUUUAUGUUUUUCUAUAGCUUAUUCAAGUAAUUCUUAUUUUACAAAAUUAGUUUUGGUAUUUAUGACUUAUUUUUUGGCACGAAUAUUUGAUAGUGAAGUUUUAUUAGGUAAAUUUGUUAAAAGUAUUGAUGAAUCAGCGUUUGUAAGAGAUCUCUUUUAUGUAGUUCAUAGAUGUUUUAGUUAUUUCGCUAAGAUUGAUAGCACUAGAAUGCUUAGAAUUUAUAUUGAUGAAGCUGCUGACAAAGCCAUUGAUGAUAUGGAUAUAAAAUUUAUGGUUACAGAUUAUGUCAGUUUUGAAAAAGCUGAAACUACAAUUCGGUAUAAUAGUAAUGCUCCUCGAAGUGCUCAUUAUAUUAAGAAUAUACGGUAUUCUAACUGUUAUCUAAACAUCACGGUUAAUGAUGAAACCACGGAUUACCCUCUUGAUGGAGUACAAAAGAAUAUGUUGUUUCAAACAACCAAACUUCUAAAUGGAAUCAUUUUGACCAUGACUUUUCUUGAUGAAAAAAAUUAA